AUGCAUAUGCCCUGUGAGUACAACAGAAACAAGCGAUUAAAUUUGCGAUCGACGCAACUAUCAUUUACUCGUUCAUUGAUAGGUCAGCCAGGAUACUUACAAAAAACGACGGUCACUUCUCCGAUAUUCAUUUCCAAUCGGCAACCACUAAAGGAUUGUCCAGCGAUUGAUUCAUGUCUCUUACCUAACUGCUUCUGUUCAAGAUCGGGAUUGGAGAUUCCUGGAGGAUUAUUGGCAAGAGAUGUACCACAAAUAGUUCUCUUAACAUUCGAUGGUCCGGUAACUGAUCGAGCAUUCGCCGUGUACAAAUCAUUGUUCAGUGGGAAGUACCGGAAUCCGAAUGGCUGUCCCAUAAAGGGUACCUUUUUUGUGUCCAAUGAAUGGAAUAAUUAUGAUCAAACUCAAUGGUUAAUAAGCAAUGGUCACGAAGUCGCAGUGAAUUCAAUUACUCAUCAAAAUUUGGGUGAGGAAACAAUGGAACGUUGGAAGAAAGAAAUGGUUGGGAUGCGUGAUGCACUGCAACAUUUUAGCUAUGCAAGCGCAGCAGACAUUAUUGGUGUACGAGCACCACAGCUCGAGCUGGGAGGAGAUAAUCAAUUUGAUGUGAUGGAAAAGUUUGGCUUUGUUUAUGAUAAUACAAUGAGUGCAAGCGGUGGACCAUAUUGGCCACAAACACUAGCAUAUAGCAUAGCUUGGAAGUGUUCAUCAAGGCAAUGUCCGAAGAAUGUUCAUCCAAAUAUUUGGGUAAUACCGAUAAAUCGUUUCACUGCACUGAGCUCACAAAAAGAAUUCACUAUGUUGAAAGAAGCCGUUCGUCAUGAUGACUCUCCUUUGGAUGUUGCGGAGAUGUUGGAAAUGAAUUUCAAUCGUUCAUACAAUUACAAUAGAGCUCCGUAUCUGUUAACUGCUGAUAAUGACUUCUUUAAUGCAUUACCAAAUGAAGGCGCCAUCACUGCUUUCAAAUUGUUUAUCGAAAAAAUGUUAAAGAACUCAGAUGUAUAUUUUGUAACAGCGACACAAGCACUGAAAUGGAUUAGACAACCAACACGUUCACUACACAUUCACAGCUUUGAACCGUGGCAGUGCAAUGUUCCGUUUAAGAGCAACAUUACUACCUGUGAGACUCCAUCCAGUUGUUCAUUUAUUUGCAAUAGUGAAACUCGGAUUCUUCGAAUAUGUGGUACCUGCCCACAAGUGUAUCCAAAUAUUGGCGAUCCUACUGGCACUGGUAAUUCAACCGCCGACCGAUAA